AAUUGGACGGACUUGCUCCCGCGCUCAGUCAUCGAAGACAUGUCGUCGCGUACGAGCGGAUAUAGUAGUGGAGUUCGCUCUCAACGUUAUCCUGGUGGGCAGUACCAGGGCAAAUGGUUGGGCCAGCAGCCUCACGGGUUUGGGGUAAAGCAAACGAGCAGUGGACUUGUCUACGAGGGUCACUGGCAGAAGGGUCAACGGCAUGGCAUCGGAAGUUUGCGUCGCAAGGAGCUCGAUGGCCGCAUGGAACGCAUCUACGUGGGUCAGUGGCGGGAGAACAAGCGGAGUGGCGAGGGCAAGCAGUUCUAUCCGGACGGAUCCGUCUACUUUGGUCAGUGGCUAGCGGACCAGCGAAGUGGAGAGGGCAUCCUAUGGCAGGCGGAUGGCGGCAUCUAUGUGGGCGAGUGGCUUCGGGACAAGAUGCACGAAAAGGGUUUACUUUUCACGGCAACGGGAAAUCGCUACGUGGGUCAAUUUGAAGGAGGCUGCAAAUCGGGCUCAGGUGUAUUUUACCAUGCCAGCAAUGGACAGCGGAUUCAGCACGGUUUUUGGAGCAAGGACAUCUGUAGAACGUCACUACUGUCCCUGCCACAAGAUAAAAACAAUGAAUUUAUGUCAAAAGCUCUUUUGUAACACUUACACACAAUAUAUAUAUAUAUUUAAAUACCAAGACAUUUUCGAUAAGAAUAAAUACGAACUAAGGAGACUACU